AUGAAUUUAUCGCCAUCUUCACUGAAUUCAAAUUUCACGGACCCGGUCAUUAUCAAUGAUUCAACAGCAACUGACUUUGGUGAUGGUGACUUAUAUAUGAUUAUUUUGCCUAUUAUCGUUGUUUUUGGCCUUAUCGGUAAUACGAUCUCACUCGUCACAAUAUUUCAUACACGAUUACGAAAAAUAUCAGCAAAUAAUCACUUAAUAGUACUAACAACAGCAGAUAGUAUAUUUCUUACUGGGUUAUUUUUGAUCCUUUUUAAACUCGAUUUCGUUGCUUAUGAAUUAUGCGUUAUUAUUGAAUAUAUAUUAACGACAUCGUCAUAUAUAAGCAGCUGGUCCAUAGCUGCUUUAACGAUUGAGCGAUAUAUUGCAUUUGCCUAUCCGCUAAAGCAUGUUAUGUAUCAACAUGUACAGCGUUGGAAGAUAAUUUUAAUUUGGAUUCCAAUUCCUUUCGCUCUAAACCUACUUCAGUUCGUGUCACUAAUCCCUUAUGAUGAUAAAACGGAUCCACAUUACCCAAAUAUACGAAAAUGUGUGCCCUACGACGGCAGUCUCCAAGUUAUUGUAGAGACUGCCGAUGUGAUAUUAUGCUAUGUAGUACCAUGCUUGAUUGUAGUUUUUCUCAAUUUGGCCUUAAUUGGUCAGGUUAACCGAGGAUUUAUUCAAACUAGCAACCGCACAUAUUUUGCGGGAAGGUCAAAAGCAACUCAGUCUACUAGGAUUCUCUUUGUGGUACCAGUUGUUUACAUUAUCUUGAAUACGCCGUUCUACCUUCUACGUAUGAUUGACACAAUUGCGCUGAAUGUCUUUCAAAGUAAAGAAUUUUCUAUAAUAGGUGGAUUGAAUGGAUCUGGCAUGAUAUUUCUUUAUAAUACAGCCCAUUAUCUUUAUUACUUCAAUUUUGCUUGCGAUGUUCUUGUCUAUGCCUUUUCAAGCAACAAUUUCCGAAAAACAGCCUUUAUCGCUUGGAGACAAAUUUUACGAUCCAGUGACAGCAGUGAAGUGGUUAUAAACGGUCAUCCAGUCCGAGUUGGUUAUGAUCCCGUGAACUGUAGCACAACAUUUCCAAGACAUCUAAUGGAAAGCAACGUACAACAUGAAAUCAUGAAAACUGAUGCAGAACAUCAUUGGUUAAACCAGUUAUCCAUUACUGGCUAA